AUGAAAUCAAAAAAUCAUUUUGGAGAAUUUGUAGCACUUAAUAUUAAACAAGUUAGACUUGAUUGCGGAGUAGAAAUCUCUCUUAAUAAUACAAUGUUAAAAUUUUUGUAUGAUAAAUUAUCUUCAGACACUGGAAUGUACUUUAAUGUAUGGGAUUGGUCAAUGCCAGAGUUAUAUGGUAUAGUGUUGGGUAUGUUGGUGAAAUUGAAUUUGAGCGGUUGUUUACAAAUACAAGCGUCAGAAAUGUUGGAUUUUAUUAUCGAUGUUGAGAAAGGCUACUUUACAACUGAUUAUCAUUCGUUCUACCAUGCAGUGGAUGUUGUGGCCAUGUUAUACUACAUGUUGGUCGAUUUAGGUGCUGCCAAACAUUUGACUCCCUUGGAUUCAAUUUGUUUGAUGAUUGCUGGAUUGUGUCACGAUAUAGGACAUCCCGGUCUAAAUAAUGCCUACCAGGUUAAUGCAAGGACAUCUCUAGCGAUUAAAUACAAUAAUCAAUCCGUAUUAGAAAAUCAUUCUUGCACAUUGACGAUGGAGUUAUUGUCAAAACAUGAAUUGUUUCGUCAUUUACACAACGAUGAUUUCCGAGGAAUGGAUCCAGAACAAACUGACGUAACUUUGAAAACUUUAAUAGGGAAUAUAAUUCUAGCAACUGAUAUGAUGAAUCAUUAUGAACUAUUGGAAUCGUUGCAUGAUCUUAUUAAUUCAUCAUCUUCUACAAACAUUUAUUGUUCUUUUCCAUCAUUAUCUCUAUGUUCACCUGAUAAAUAUUUUAAUGAAGAAUUAGACAAUAAUAAUGAUGAUGAUUACUCAUCAAAUUUCUCCAUUGUUUCCUCACCUGAAUAUUUUUCAACAUCUAAAAAUCCACCUUCAAAAUUAUUUUCAACAACUCCGGCAGUAUCAAAAUUAUUGAAUAAAUAUCAACGUGAUAUUUUAUUAAAAGUUUUACUCCAUGCUGCUGAUUUGAGCAAUGCUGUACGUCCAUGGGAUAUAUCCAAACGUUGGUCCGAUUGUAUUGUUGAAGAAUUUUUCAAACAAGGUGACUUGGAAAAUCAAAAAAAUCUGCCUAUAUCUCCAAAUAUGAACAGAGAACAAGCUUAUCAGUCACAAAUAAGUCUUGGUUUUAGCGAUUUUGUUGUCAAACCUUAUUUUAAAGCAUUUGCUUUAUUCCUAAAUCAAGCUACAAUCUUUCUUAAUGCUCUGGCAAAAAAUCGUAUCUAUUGGGAUGAAAUAAAUAACAACAAGAAGAAGAAAAUUAAUCACAAUAAUUCACAAAUCAGUUCUUCUCCAAAGUCUUCAAAGAUUAAAAUUAACAUUUCUAAAGGUAAUAAUACAAAAUUAAUCCAUGCACUAAAUACCAUUAACAGUUUAUCACCAUCAUUGGGUCAACAAUAUUGUGUAAAUUUGGCUGCUGGUCUACUGAUCUUACCAGAAGAUAUCCAAGAAAGAUUAUGUCAAAUGUCAACUCCACAUACUUCCUACAUGACAAAGUAUUAUUUUUGUAAUGAUAAUAAUAGUGAUAAAAGUGAAAAAAUGAAACAUACUUUACCUGGUAGAUCAUAUAAUAACAAGUAG